AUGCCUUUUUCGUCACUCCGAGACAACCCUUUAUUUCAGUCUAACCUGGUCAUCCCCGGUGCUUCUACUGACCAAGGAUUGAAUCACGAUGGGGAACGGAUCUUUUCUCAAUUGGUCCGCGGUGCAAAAAUCGGAAGAGUUGAGGUUCAGGAACUUCCAACAGUCGAGGAUGCCUUGCAUACCUUGAGGGUGCAGAGGAGAGAAGAGUACAAGCAGGCUGUGUACAUCGACCCUUUGGCCAAGCUAAGUAUUACGGCAUCGGACGACAUGGACCUGUUUCUUCUGAUGGACAAGGUCAACGAGUUCCUGGCAGGCGAUGGGCAAGUGAUGUUGAUCCUCGGUGAUUCUGGAGCAGGAAAAUCGACAUUCAACCGCCAUUUGGAGUACGAACUCUGGCAGAAGUACAAACCCGGCGGUCGCAUCCCAUUGUUCAUCAACUUGCCUGAACUCGACCGGCCAGACAAGAAUCUGAUCAGAAAACAGCUGCGAUCAUUUGAGUUUUCGGAUGAGCAAAUCCAGAACUUGAGACACCACCACCAGCUUUUGUUGAUCUGCGAUGGCUACGAUGAGUGCCAGUUCCUGAGCAACUUGCAUACCACCAACGAACUAAAUCGGUCUGGACAACAGGACAUCAAGUUGAUUAUCACCUGCCGCACCCAGUAUCUUGGCCCCGACUACCGGGACCGCUUUGUGCCUAGCGUAGCUGGUGAGUAUCAUCGUCCUGCCAACGGCCGCUUCCAUGAGGCUGUCAUUGCGCCUUUCACCAAGAACCAAAUCAAGACGUAUGUCGAGAAGUACACCCCUUUCGAGCCGCAGAGCUGGGUCGCCAAGGAUUACAUGGACAGGCUGGAGACCAUCCCCAACCUGAUGGACCUGGUCAAGAACCCAUUCCUGUUGACGCUGGCACUGGAGGCUCUCCCCGAGGUUGUCGAAGGAAGCCUCGAUCUGUCUAGGUUCCGAGUUACUCGAGUGCAGCUUUAUGACAUCUUUGUCGACCACUGGCUUAGAGUGAACAAGCGACGUUUGCACGAACAGAGGCUGGACAAAUCAGAACGUGAGACACUCUAUGAAUUACAGGAGGACGGGUUCGAGAAAUAUGCGAUCAAGUUUCAAAGGGAACUUGCGGUAGAGAUCUUCAAGAGACAAGGAGGGCGACCUGUUGUUGAUUACGUCCACAAGCGUGACAACACUUCAUGGAAGGCACCCUUUUUCGGCCCUGGAACUCUUCUCGCUCUUCUUGAGCUGUCCAAGUUGGAUCCUCAGGCCAGCCAGGCCGCAGCGAACGCCAUCUCGAUCCUAGUCAGAGCUGGCGUACAAUUCAACGGAGAAAACCUUCGAGGUAUCCGCAUUCCGGGAGCUGAUCUAACAGGAGGACAGUUCGACUCGGCGCAGCUAUGUGCGUCCGACUUGACAGGCGUCAACCUCACCAAAGCUUGGAUUCGUCAGGCGCAUUUCAACGCGGCGCAAAUGGACGGGGUGGAGUUUGGAGAAUUGCCAUAUUUGAAGGAGCGAUUGCCGAUCGACUCGUGUGCUUUCUCGCCAGAUGGAAAACUGCUCGCGUUCUGUGGCGAUAACCAUUCCGCCCCAGGACGGGAUAAGAUUAGCGUCUAUGAUACCGAGACCUGGAAAAGGAUACAUUCACUCCAAGGUCACGAUUCUAAGAUUAUAGGCGUUGCCUUUUCACCUUGCAGCCGGUACCUUGUUUCAGGAAGCUGGGACGGGAGACUUGUACUGUGGAACUGUGAGACCGGUGUAGUGAACAGGAUUAUGGAGGGACACUCUGCAGGGACCUCGGCUGUAGCGUUCUCCCCUUGUGGAAAGCAGGUCGCGUCAGUCAGCUUGGACAAGUCGUUGAGGCUCUGCGAUAUCAAUACUGGCGCUUGCAAGGUGUAUGUUUCUGAUGCCGCUACAUUAGAGCCAAGGUCCAGCUGGAUGAGCCACAUUGGAAACGUUACAGGAGUCUCCUUUUCGCCUGACGGUCAGCUGAUCGUUUCAUGCGGCGGAGACAGUUUAGUCAAGCUAUGGGAUUCCAAUACUGGCGCACUUAUCUCCGUCUUUACGGGCCAUACGAAACCAGUGACCAGCGUCGAGUUUUCGCCAGAUGGUUCUAACAUCGCGUCCUCGAGCCAUGACCAUACUGUUCGGCUUUGGGAGGUAAACCCGAUCGGUCUCAGUUCCCAAUCCAGCGACUCUUCCGAUCCGCGGACAGGUCUGGCCUACUCUCCCGACGGGCGGUUCCUCAUUACUGGCAGCUUUGUUGGUGGGGUGCAGCAGUACAACUCGGAGACCGGCGACGUCGCCCUUGUGAUUCCCGUUCGAACUAGAGGUUCCGAAUGUGUCGCCUACUCUCCGGAUGGUCUUCGAUUCAUCUCAGGUAGCCGAGGCGGCGAUUUGACAGCGUGGGAUACUCAGACUGGCAAGGCUGCAUUCACGAUGUGUGGUCACGCUAGAAGGGUGAUUUGCGUGGCUUUCUCGCCGUGUGGUCAACAGAUCGCUUCUGGAGGUUAUGACAAGACGGUGCGGCUCUGGGAUGCCCGCUCGGGACUACUGUUACGUGUGUUUUCGGAUCACAUCGGUGAGAUUCUCAGCAUUGCAUUCUCCAGGGAUGGUCUUAAGGUGGCGUCUGGUAGUUGGGGCGGAGAUAUCAGAGUCUGGGAUGUAGAAAGCGACAUUACUGGUCUUGUCUGGAGACCCGACGCGCUGGAGUUUGCGACUUCCUGCAAAGAUGGAUCUGUUCGUGUUUGGAAGUUGGUCCAAGACGAAGAAACGGGCAGGGUAGCGGUCAAGAUGAUCUGGAGCGCUGGAUGUAUUGGGCUUACGGUUUCGGAUGCCGAUUUUGCCGGUGCCGUUGGUCUUAGCGCAAUCAAUCGCAAGCUGGUCGAGCAACGCGGCGCCAUUGUCUAG